AUGCUCAAGGUUACCUCAAAGGAGCACUACACCGAGAUCAAGAAGAAGGCUGAAGCCUCGUUGGGGCUUGUCGUGCACUUUAGCGCCGCUUGGUGUGAACCCUGCACUGCUGUCAGUGAACACCUUUCCAAGCAAGCUGCCGAGUAUGGCGACAACGUUGUCUUUGCUGAGGUAGAUUGUGACGAAUUCAAUGAUGUGUGCGAGGCGGAGGGGGUGGAUUCUGUUCCGUUCGUCGCGUACUUCCGCACACAGCUUGUUGGCGAUGAGCGUCGCGUCGAGAGGGUGGCGGAUGUAGCUGGCGCAAAGUUUGACAAGAUAGACAUGAAUACUUACUCUUUGUUUGGCCAGAAGGGUGGCAACGGGGUUCAGCAGAGGGAUUUUGCCACUGUGGACGAUUACCUGCACUACCUCACGACGCGGCCAGGGGUCGUUAUGUUCAUCACCGGAACCCCCUCCCGUCCGCGCUGUGGUUUUACUAGUCGACUCUGUGAGCUGGUGCAUCAGCUUGGCGUUCCCUUCAUAUACUACGACGUAAUGACAAACGACGCGGUGUGCGAGCGGCUUAAGACAUACGCCAACUGGCCGACGUAUCCGCAGGUGUACGUAGACGGCGAGCUGAUUGGUGGGUGGGACAUCUGCCGAGAGCUAAACGAGGAGGGUAAGCUGAAGUCGACUUUGAAGUAUUGA